AUGGCGGAGUUUCGUCUACCUCGUAGAUUGUUAUACAGCAAACUAUUAAAUAGCUAUCGUUCAAUCGAUCAGCCAAAAAAGCGAUUCGUAGAUCAAUUGAAAAGCGUACUUCAGAAAUGUAACAUCAACUCGACUGGACUUGAAAAAAUAGAGAAAGAUCGGUCUACAUGGAAGAAGAUUUGUAAAGCUGGUCUCACAAGUUUUAUGUUGGAAUGGACAAAUGCCUCUUACAGGCGUCGACUUAUACGUCAUGCAGAAAUAUCAAGAGAAUUGAAACCAACUGGUCCUCAAUGCCUCCAUUGUGACAGCAGUCAGUACCCACUGAGCAUACUACCAAGAUACAUGAAUUUCUGCGAAUCAUUGAGAGCAUCUCCAUGUACCACAAAAGGUGUAGCUGGUAGGAAUACCUCUUUUUGGUACUGUUUGCGAUCAGGCAACGGAUCAAAAAAAUGUUAUUUUUGUUCGCCACAAAUAUCAAACAGUCAAAAAUAA